AUGGAAAAAGGUUUGUUUGGUAUGAUUGUACGGGUGGAUAAAAGCACAGCUCUUGAGCAGGGGUCGAUAACUCCCUUGUUUCUCCAAGAUCGCAUCGCUUUGGUGAGCAUAUCAUGUGAUCCAGUCGUCAAACCACUGGGAACUUUCGAAAGGCCUGGGGUACACUCUACAGGAGGCAACACUGUCAAAUUGCACGAAACUCUCUUGAGAAAUAGUACCGCGACAAGGGGGGAGCCUGUUGUGCAGCAGCAGCUAUACCCUUGUAAAGUGAUGCGUGAAAACGUGAGAAGACAACGCGCAGCCAAGCCCGUAGUGGGAGACUCUUUGAGUUCACCGGGUGUAGUUCAUCGACUAGACGUCAAUAGCAGUAAUGCUGGUUCCCUUAGUACAUGUUUAGUGGCCGGCAUCGAAGCUUCCCCGAUAGAACCUAACUCGAGAGAUCAAUACGACCGACUGUUCAUCGAACUCGUCUCACCUGGCUUAGGCCAAUUUCGGGAAGUGGAGUUGGCUGGGAUUCUAAAGCAGAUGUCGGAAGGGCGAAACCCUGCUUGUAGUCGUGGAAUGAAAUGGUGGAGGAAAACUGUCACUGAAAUGUCCUUCGAUGGUCAAAAGAAUUCCGAGGUUUGGUUCGAAAUCGAACCGCUGCCGACCCCUGACGAGACCAAUCAAAUCAACAAACGAUUGCUUGUAUCGCCUGCUUAG